ACACUACCUUAUCAAGAAUCACAGAAAAUACCCAUUAAAGGUAGCCCAAUUUCUAUCCGUUUAAACCACAAGCCUCGUUCUCUCUCAAUUUAGUCAAAAAGAACCUAAACUUUUUGUUACAAGCCAUGGCAGCUAAGAAAGAAACUGAAGUGGUGAGGAAUUUGGAUGUAGAGAGGUACAUGGGUAGGUGGUAUGAGAUUGCAUCAUUUCCUUCAUUUUUCCAGCCCAAGAAUGGAGUGAAUACAAGAGCUACCUACACUUUGAAGGAUGAUGGGACUGUGAAUGUUCUCAAUGAGACAUGGAAUGAUGGGAAGAAGAGUUCUAUAGAAGGGACUGCUUAUAAGGCUGAUCCUAACAGUGAUGAAGCCAAGCUGAAAGUGAAAUUCUAUGUGCCUCCCUUCUUGCCCAUCAUUCCUGUAACAGGGGAUUACUGGGUUUUGUAUAUUGAUGAUGAUUAUCAGUAUGCCUUGAUUGGAGGACCUACCAAGAAGUAUCUCUGGAUACUUUGCAGACAGACGCAUCUGGACGAUGAGAUCUACAGCAUGCUUCUGCAGAAGGCCACAGAUGAGGGCUACGAUGUGAGCAAACUGCACAAGACUCCACAGAGUGAUCCACCUCCGGAAGGUGUCGAGGGUCCUGUAGAUAAAAAAGGUUUCUGGUGGAUCAAAUCCAUAUUCGGGAAGUAGGAAAUGCUGGGGGUUACUGAACCAAAGCUUGAUGAACGUGUUAUGUUGAAUGCAGACAAGUAUACCACAACUCCUGUGUAGUAGUGUUUUUGCUGUAACUGGAAAUAGUUGUACUCUGUUUGGCGUUUCUUUUUGUUCUUUAUUAGUGCCAAGUUUUGGCACCUGGUCUAUGAAUGUGUGUUUGUACAUUACGAAAUUCGAAUAUUUCUCUGUUCAGUGGAAGUUCUGAUGACGUCCGGUAUACGAAAAAAUGAUGAAGAUCCCAACAUUGAUAUCA